AUGGCGCCUGCUGCUGUUCUCGCCCCGCAUCCGACCAACAUCGAAACGAUGUCGGAUAACAUCGAUGCGGUGAACGUGCUCAAGGCUAAUUUGCACAACGAAGGCACCCUCUACGACCAAUCCAAGUACGAUAAGGGCAAAGAGAAGAACAACUUCCGUCAGUUCGAGGAUGCUUGCGAUGGCGUCAAGAACUUCUACGCCAAGCAACACACGCUUCAAACUGUGGCAUACAACCUCAAGGCCCGCAACGACUUCAAAAACAAGACUCGCGCUCAUAUGAGUGUCUGGGAUGCUAUGGAGAAAUUGAACACAUUCAUCGAUGAAUGUGACCCAGACACACAGGAGUCCCAGAUGACCCACCUUCUUCAAUCUGCCGAAGCCCUCCGUGCCGAUGGAAAGCCUCGAUGGAUGCAACUUGUCGGCCUCAUUCACGAUCUCGGCAAGCUCCUGUUCUUCUUCGGAGCUCAUGGUCAGUGGGAUGUUGUCGGCGAUACAUUCCCUGUUGGCUGCGAAUUUGACGAGAGAAUCAUUUUUGGAAAGAAGUCUUUCAAGGACAACGAGGAUUUCGCCAACCCAGUCUACAGCAGCAAGUUUGGAAUCUACUCGCCCGGCUGUGGAUUGGAGAAUGUGAUGCUUUCAUGGGGUCACGAUGAGUAUCUCUACCACAUUGUCAAGGAUCAGUCUACAAUCCCUGCUGAGGGUUUAGCUAUGAUUCGUUACCACUCUUUCUACCCGUGGCACCGCGAGGGUGCCUAUCAUGAGUUGAUGAAUGAGCACGACAAAAAAAUGCUCGAGGCUGUGCAGGCUUUCAACCCCUACGACCUGUACAGCAAGAGUGACGAAGUUCCGAAUCCUGAAAAGCUGAAGCCUUACUACAUGGAGCUUAUCGAUGAGUACUUCCCAAAGAAGGUCCUUAGAUGGUAA